CAUCAUUGUAGUAGCGGCUAGGCGGAGAACUAGUUCUCUGUGACUCAUCUCAAAUUGAUGGCACUUAUCUUACGCUUCAUCCGUUAUUCUGCUUGAAUCACAUCCAUGCCACCAAGAAUCUUUCCAUUUUUGAGACGAUCGAAGCUGGCCGUCGGUUCAAGAUCGAUAGAAAGGUUGCAGACGUUGCACUUCGAGAUAUGAAAACGGUACUACAAGCAAGCCUAACAGUUACUUGGCGCUUCCCGUAGAUUCUACAUAGAAGUUGCAGUGGGCCUUUCGCCUCUUUUACGAGCGCCGUUUAGCCCCGACUCUCGAUAUGCGAAGAUCGCGUCUACCGUAAAGCAUUGCAAAUCGCACGAUCGAUUCCCCAGGGAAAAAGGCGAAACGUCUCUGGAGAGGUUUCGGUUUGUCCAUUGAUGCAGCUGCAGGCAAGGAUAGCGAGCAAGAAGUGGAAAAACAACGUCCGAGGAGCGGAGCUCCAGGUGUGGAAAUACACAGAGGAGCAGGACACACGAGUCUGAAGACAACAACUUGAUUUUCCGCGAGUCUGCCCCUGUAGCAGAGAAUCCUCCGACCUCCACCACAUGCAGCAGCGGACAUCACGCGUCUGCAUCGAGUAAGGCAUGGCCUAGGGAGCAGCAUGCAGGUUUGCAGAUGAUCCUUAUUGCAGUGCUGCUUCUACGCGAAGAACCCGUGAACCGCUAGAACUGAUACUACCGUGGUCAUAAGCAGCCCACACUUCGACGACGAAGAUGGCGGUGUACUUCGAUUACGUAGUAUCUGGUGCCACAGGCCCUGGCUCGCCAGUGGGGUCGCCGAAGCCCGGUCAAGGAUCUCCCGGCAACGUUAUGUUGUUGAGUAGUAUUGUUCCUAAAGCAAUGUGAUGACGUUGACCCUGUGAUGAUGAAUGUGUAAGUAGCAUUACCAAAGCAUAGGCUAACGGCUGUAACUGCGUACUGGGAAAUAGACUUGAAUAGAAGUUACGUCAAGGAUGCUCGUGCUAUCGGGUGUGGAUCGGGUUGGGUGUCCACCCAAGAAUCGCCGGGAGGCUCUAAUGCCUCAAAUCAGGGCCCUGGCAAGGCUUUAGGUGCAAGCUGGAGCAAGGACUUGACGGCAGAACCGUUGUUAGCAUGUGGUUUUCGCCACAGGCUGCAGCUUUUUUCUCAGGAAGGAGAAUACGUUCAAGAUGCUAUUGCAAGAGGAGCAGGAAGCAUUGUUUUUACGGCUUUGAGUCAGCUAGUGCACCAAAGGCUGAUGGUUUUCACUGAGUUAUAUUUACAAGAACCAUAAGCAUGAAUUGCUACUACUAGCACUACGGGCAUUCUCAGGCUUGAGUUCUUCAAACGAGAUAUCCAACAAGCCCAUAAUAAAUUGCGCCUACCCAAUAUCGAAAUGAAACCAAGCAUCCUUUUUUUUCUAAAUAUUGUUCCGACUGGCAUCCAACACGGCGAGAACUUAUGUCCGGCUGGAACGAUGGACAUGUUUGCUUUGCGCGGCCAUCAGCAUCUAGUUCUUCGCCAACAAACAUAGUCGCACUUGGUCAAGAAGCGCAUAAUAGUGGAGGUACUAUAAACUGAUCCACUAGGGGCCUUUGAUUAAUACAGCGUUCUAGGGAAUGUGAAGAAAUGAGUAUUGUGACUGAAACAAGUGGGUCCACUCUUCACCACGUAUUUAAUUGUCAUGAGAGAAUGUAAUUCUUAACGUGAAACAAAGGAAAGAGAAACUACGUAAACAUUUUCUCCAACAGCAUCGAUCUGCUGCGUAAAGUAUUCUCCUGGUGGUGACCUCUGCGUGG